UUUAACUUUUUUUAUUUCAAAUUUACGGUUUGAGUUUCUAAAGUUGUUUCUCAUAUGAUUCUAUGUGGAUUGCUAUAAUAUUUUUUUUUAUUGUGAUUAAGUUGUUCCGUUAAUUAGUUACAAUAAAAAAUUUUAUGUAGAAAUCUAUAAAAAUAAAAAUAAAAAAAAACAAAACAAAACGGUUUUGAAGUCUAAUAAUAAAAAAGUUUUUUUUAAAAUUUUUUUUUAAAUAAUCAUUUGUUUUUUAUUUUUAUUUUUUCAGCUAUUAGAAUAGGAGAUGCUCUAAUCACUAUCGUUCUCUUAUCCCUUUCUCUCUAAAAUUCUCUCAAACAGCGGCCUACACACCACAACACCACGGCGGCACCACCACCACCACACCCACAUCCGCCGCUCUUCUCCCUUCUCAACCCUAAAGAAGGUAUUUUUAUUCUGCCCCCCUCUUUAUCUCUCUCUAAUUAGUCUCAAAUUCUCGUUUUACAUCAUAAUUUGAUUCAUGGGCUCCUUCGUUACUCUUUCGUUUUGAUGGUCUGUUCUCGAAAAUCAUCAAUGUCAUCAAUGGCAUUAUCUUUACCAUUUUCCACCAAUCAAAGAGAAUACCCAAUAACUGAAUUCCUCCCUAGAAACCCUGCUCAUUGCUAUCUGGGCAACAUAGGAAAAUUAUGUAAAGACAGUAAAACAAAACCAAAACCAAAUCUUUCCCUUUCAAUUUCUUGUUCAUCCAUUAAAACAGUUCGUAGUCCUAGUUUAGAUAGGCAUAUAGUAAAGCAACACAAGAUAAGGUUUGUUCAAAAGUUGAUAACUUUACUCUUAUCUAAACCAAAACACUAUAUACCUCUUCAUAUACUUUCCAAAUGUAGACCUUAUCUCUCUAUUUCAACACCAAAGUCAAUUCUUUCAAUGAUAUGUCGUUACCCUACAAUAUUUGAACUCUUUUCUAUUGAAUGGCCACCAUUUCCACUCAAUGCUACCAAGACAUAUCCCCAACUCUGUGUUCGUUUAACCCCGGCUGCAGAGACUCUUGCAGCCCGGGAAUUAAGCUACAAGUUAGCUAUUUCGGCUACAUUGGUACAAAAGCUUCAGAAACUUCUUAUGCUCUCUUCUCAUAAGAGAUUGCUUUUGUCGAAAAUCGUUCAUCUUGCUCCUGAUCUUGGUCUUCCUCCUAAUUUUAGAUCGCGCCUUUGUAAUGAUCACCCGGAUAAGUUCAAGAUUGUUGACACUUCGUAUGGCCGAGCACUUGAACUUGUCACUUGGGAGGAAGAUCUUGCAAAGGCUUUACCUUCUCCUGAUGUUAAAUCGCGGGAGUUGAUAGUUGAUAGGCCGUUGAAGUUUAAGCAUUUGAGAUUGAGGAAAGGAUUGAACUUGAAGAGGCGUCAUCAUGAUUUUUUGAUUAAGUUUGGUGAAAUUCCUGAUGUUUGUCCUUACAAAACUCCUGCUGCUGAGUUGGUGAAGGAGUCUAUUGAGGCUGAGAAAAGAGGUUGCGCGGUGGUGCGUGAGGUGUUAGGAAUGACAGUAGAGAAGAGGACAUUGAUUGAUCACUUGACUCAUUUUAGAAAGGAGUUUGGACUGUCCAACAAGUUGAGGGGGAUGAUCAUAAGACAUCCGGAGUUAUUCUACGUGAGCUUGAAAGGGCAUCGAGAUUCAGUGCUCUUGGUAGAAGGGUUUGAUGAUAAUGGCAGGCUUUUGGAGAAAGAUCCAUCUUUGGAUAUAAGAGAAGAGUUAAUGAAAUUGGUCAUACAGGGGAAGAGAAUGAGGAGAGACAGGAGAAGAGCUCGGAAGAGUGGCAUUGACAUUUGCGAUUCUAAUGAUGAUAAACACGAUGAAGAUGAUGGUGAUAGCGAAGACGACGAUGAUUAUGGUGAUGGUUUUGAGAAUUUGUUUGAAUCUGAAGAUUCAGUUUUUGAGGAUGGCCAUAAUGAGAGCAAUGAAGUUGUGUCUUAUAGAGAUAAUGCAGAGUUUUGGAGUACUUAUUUGGGGAAUUACCCCAAUGAUGAAGAUGAAAGAUCUUUGGAACCUUGGUAGUGAUUAAUGUCUAUAUUGUAAAUAUACAAAUCUAACAUAAAGAGAACUGUUUUUCUUAUACUAAACUAAACUAGUUAGUAGUCUUUUAGUCAUUUACUAUUGAGAGUUCAUAUCUGUCAUAUUUGAUUAGUUUAUGUAUAAUGGCAUCACAGCAGGAACAUUGGCAAUAUAUAUUUGGCAUUUGGAUCAUUUUGUGGAACUCUUUGUAAUAAUAUUCUGAAGUUUUCUUCUCUGUGUGA